AUGCUUCCGCUCCUCCUUAUAUCCACGCUCCCGGCCUUCACGCUGCUCCUCGUCGCGCCCGCCUCCUGCAAGCCCUGGAAGCUGGUGCGGGAGCUCGGCCUCGUCGCGCUGCUGCUGGCGCGGGAGCUGCUCCGGCACUCCGCCUCCGCCGCCGCGGGCGCGGGCAGGAAGGAGCAGCAGGGCGCCAGAAUGCCGCCGUCCAAGCCCAAGACGCCGCCGCCCGCAUUGGCGGAGGGCGACGCGGACGCGCUCCCGGUGCUCGACCUGCCGGAGCUGGCGCUGGAGCGCGUGCUGGAGGAGCUGUCCCCGGCGUCGCUCGCCGCGAUGGCGUGCGUCUGCGCGGGGCUCAGGGACCGCUGCUCCAUGGACGGCCUGUGGGCGCGCCACGUCCGGCGCAAGUGGGGCCGCGUGCUCGGCGCCGCCGCGCGCAGGGAGUGGCAGGCGGAGCUGGCCGCCAGAGCGGCCGCCGCCGCCCUCCCGCGCCCGGCCAGGCGGCGCGGCCUGGCGGACUCGCUGGCGUGCGCGUGGCCCUUCUCCUGGAUCGGGCGGCGCUGGCUCAAGGAAGACGCCGCCGCCGCCGCCCGCUCCGCACCCGCGCCGCCGGCGGACACGGUGGCCGCGUGGUACCGCGCGCUCGAGUGCGGCGACUUCUGGUUCCCCGCCCAGGUGUACAACCGCGAGCAGGACGGGCACGUCGGGUUCUUGCUCUCGUGCUACGACGCUCACCUCCGCUACGACCGGCGAACCGACACCUUCACCGCCAGGUACCCGCCCCACGGCCGGAAGCCGGCCAAGGAGGAGGAGGGCGUGCCGUGGUGCAGGGUCCGCGCGGCGCCGCUGAGCACGCCGGCGCAGGACCUCCACGCCUCGGCCUGCCUGGAGGACCUCCGCCCCGGCGACCACUUCGAGAUCCAGUGGCGGAAGAACAAGGACUUCCCCUACGGCUGGUGGUACGGCGUCGUGGGUCACCUGGAGCCGUGCAACGCCAACGAGCAUCUCUGCCGCUGCCAUGAAGAUGAUACGAUCAUGCUGGAGUUCAAGCACUACGCGGCCGGGUCGAGGUGGAGGCAGACGACGGUGAGCAGGAAAGACCACCGGGAGAAAGGGGACGAGACGGACGGCUUCUACGGCGGCAUCAGGAAGCUCCAGACCAAAGACGAGAUCUCAACGUGGCGGAGAUUCUGGCCGGUGGACGUGCUCAGCUGA